GAUCUCUCUUCAUCCGCUCCAAUCCUCAUCUGUUCCUCACAGGAGAGAGAGUGUGUGAGAGAGAGAGAUAGAGAGAGAGAGAGAGCAAGAGGGUGGAAUAUCCAUUCUGUGUGGGACAGGAAAACUGAAUAAAAAACUGAAAGUCUAGUAACAGAAGAGGGGUAAACAUAUGACAACCAAACGGAGGGACCCUGAAAAGUGAGAAUAGGUUAAGAAACCCACUGGAGAACUUCCUUAUUUGGAUUACGUCUGCUCACCUGAUUUCACUUCCUGUCUCCAUCGGUGACAACGCCUACCAACCGUUGCCAUGGGCGAAAUGGAGGAGCUGCGAAAGGAGGCGGACAACCUCAAAGAUCAGAUCACUGAGGCCCGAAAGGUAGUGCAGGACACCACCCUGCAGGAGGCGGUUGCUGGGACGACGCUGGUGGGGCGUGUCCAGCUGAAGACCAGGAAGACGCUGAGGGGUCACCUGGCCAAGAUCUAUGCCAUGCACUGGGGCACUGACACCAAUUGUAGCAAGUUGUGUGUCAGUGCCUCUCAAGAUGGAAAGCUGAUAGUGUGGGACACCUUGACCACCAACAAGGUGAACGCCAUCCCUCUGAAGUCCUCGUGGGUGAUGACGUGUGCCUACGCGCCCUCAGGGAACAUGGUGGCGUGUGGCGGUCUCGACAACAUGUGCUCCAUCUACAACCUCAAGGGCAAGGACGGCAACGUCAAGGUUAUGCGUGAGCUGGCCGCACACACAGGUUACCUGUCCUGCUGUCGUUUCCUUAGCGACAGUGAGAUCAUCACCAGCUCUGGCGACUGCACCUGUAUUCUAUGGGACAUUGAGACAGGGACAGAGAAGACCAUCUUCGCGGGCCACUUGGGUGACUGCAUGUCCCUGGCCGUGUCCCCCGACUUCAAGAUGUUCAUCUCGGGGGCGUGUGACUUCACAGCCAAACUGUGGGACAUCAGGGAAGCCACCUGCAGACAGACGUUCAGUGGCCACGAGAGUGACAUCAACGCCAUCGGGUUCUUCCCCAAUGGUAAUGCGGUUAUAACGGGCUCAGACGAUGCCACCUGUAAGCUGUACGACCUGAGGGCAGACCAGGAGCUCAUCACCUACCAGGACUCGGGCAUCAUGUGUGGGGUGACCUCCCUCGCCCCGUCCCUCUCCGGCCGACUUCUACUGGCCGGAUACGAUGACUUCAACGUCAACAUCUGGGACAUGCUUAAAGCCGAGAGAGUGGGAGUGCUGGCUGGUCAUGACAACAGGGUGAGCUGCAUCGGAGUAUCCUCGGACGGAAUGGCAUGCUGCACAGGAUCCUGGGACAGCUUCCUGAAGAUAUGGAACUGAGUCAGUCCUCUAGUCUAGAGAACAGACAGAGCGAAAGACUAAGGAGAGGGGAAUAGAGGAAGAAUAUCAUGGAAACCUGGUAGAUUGAAGAGGGGGAUGGGGGGAGACUAGGAAGCCACGGGUGAAAGGUUAUUUAUUUGUAUUGUGCCAAGUCUUAUUCGAUUUGAGAGAAGGAUUAUGAUGAGAAAGAAGUAGGAAGAGACGAGACUAACUCAAGUUUAGAGUUGGGCGGGUGAGGGGACUUUUGUAGAAAAACAUGAUCGUUGUAUCAAUGAAUGACUGAUUUGUCAAGGUUCAAAACUGAAUUCUAGCGUUAUAGGRUAUGCAGGAAAAUAUUCAUAUGUCAUAAGAGCAGUUGCCAAAUGGAAACGGUAGAGACUUGGAUGAAAUAACAAAAUAAAUGACCACUGAUAGACUGUAGGUUUACAAUAACUAGGUUGUUACAUGCUUUUAUAUUYGAGGCGAGUUAAAAUGUUUGUCAGAGGAUGAAUAUGUAAGCAUUAAAUUUGUUUCAAGCGGAUGUUUGGGUGUUGGUUAGAAUUCCCUUGUUAGUUCCGGUUUUUCUAUUUUUAUGGUCACAUUUGAAUAAAUAGUUUAGCUUGCAGAGUUCUA